AUGUCCAACCGACCAGUUCCAAUCACGGGCGAUCGACCCCUUGCACUCGUCUCCGCUUUGGACCUCAACACCUUGCAAUUCAUCAACUUACUUGUCCAAUCCAAUUGGCCACCCUCAACCGGCGCCACCGUGCAACUCGGACGCCAGAUACUGAGCAACGGGCAAGUACUUUACAAGGCCGUGGUCACGAAUUGCGCCGGGGGCAAUAUGUACGGGAAUAUCAACCUUUUGACAGACAUUGUGAUGGGGUUUUCAAGGGGUGAGGCGCUGUAUAAGUUGUUGGAGCACGUGGAAGUUCAGGGUUGGAAUAGGAUUAUGGAGGUGGAUAUGAGAACAGAUAGGUGA